CCAUCCAUGUUUAUCAAUAUUUUCUCUAACUAAUUUAAAAAAAAAAAAAUAUUGAAAAAUAAAAUAAAAUAAAAGCGAUGUUUGUAUCAUAGAAUUAAGUCUAGACUGUAAAUCUCUAAUCAGAGGUAUUGUUGAAUAUAAAAGUGGGAGUACUGAUGAAUUUACGGGUGAGAAGUAGUUUUAUAUCAUUAUCUUACAUACACACUUGUAAAAUGUGAUAUAUAGACGGUGUAAGACGUGAAUGAGCUCAGUCGAUAAAGAAUAUUGUGUCAAAGCGCAUUCCUAAGCGAGAAUUUGUCUUGCACGUGUGUCCUGCCGUCUUCGCCACUCAAAGCUAUUUACUCUAAAUAGAAACUAAGUGUAAUAUAAACUAGUUUCAUUAAUUUACUUUUUAUUUUUAUUUUAUUAAUCCUUUGUUGUGUCUAAUAAAAAUUUUUUAAAAUCACUUAUAAUGACUGUGUUAAUGUGAUUUUUAAAUUACAAGUUCGUUUGCCCGAACACUGGGUGCCCAAUUGUGAUAAUGAGGACCACAAAACUUUUAUAAAAUUAGAAUUUUAUUUGUGUAAUUAUUAUUAGUAACAAGGAGUUUUAAAAGUAAAAGGAACAAAAGUUUAUUAUUAAAGUUUUUGUUUAUUUAGUUAAGGGAAAUAAAGUACCCGAGUGCAAUAUGAGCAAAAAAGAAAACACGGAUGUAAAUAAAAAUGGACCGGAGAGCAAACUUUUUCUGGACACUUCGCGGAACUUAACAGUGGAGAACAAUAAGCCAAAGACCACCUCGCCUACCUCCCUACGCGGAAUCGAUGACAUUUUCCGCGACCUACCACUUACCGACGACACCUCCUGCGGUAUUUGGUUUUUUCGCGGGCCUAAUUUACAAAAAUUCGCCAAUAAAAAUGCUUACGUAUUUCUUUACGGUGUCCUUGGAUGCAUAUUCAGUGCUAGUUAUGCUUACUUCAAUGGCACUAUUACGACUAUUGAGAAGAGAUUUAAAAUUCCGUCCAAGACCACUGGUCUCAUCACCGUUGGAAACGAUAUUUCUCAAUUGCUUGUAUCAGUGGUCAUAUCUUAUUACGCUGGUCGAGGACACAGACCUCGAUGGAUUGCCGUCGGUAUUUAUACGGUAGUAAUGUUUUGUUGUUUGACGAUGCUUCCUCAUUUUCUGUACGGACCUGGCGAAGACGCGCUUCAAUUGACGAAGGAAUACGGCGGGAAACCGGUAAACUCAUCAGAGAGUGACUUGCACUGGAGUGGGAGUCGCGAGCGAAAGUUUCUGUGCCAAGCUACGGAGAACAGCAAACCUGUGUGUGAUGAUACUGAUGGGAGUAAUUUCGCUCCCCAAGUGCUGCUGUUUACAGCUCAGCUCGUUUCGGGGAUCGGUGGAUCGCUCUACUACACCCUCGGAGUUUCAUACAUGGACGACAAUAUCAAAAAGUCUAAAACACCUGUUUCGAUAAGUUUUUCAUACUUUCUUCGUAUGCUGGGGCCGGCCAUCGGCUACGGACUGGCAUCUUUUUCGCUCAAGUUUUACAUUAGUCCCACUUUGACCCCCACAAUCACUACCACAGAUCCCAGGUGGUUGGGAGCAUGGUGGCUUGGGUGGAUCAUCCUGGCGAUUCUGUUGAUGAUUUUUGCGAGCAUAAUUGCGCUGUUCCCCAAAACACUGCCAAGGGCUGCGGCGCGAAAAGUGCUGGCGUUGGAGAGGAGCAAGUCGACCGCGAGUUAUCGCGAACAGGAAAGGCUCGCUGAGAAAAAAAAUCUCGAUGAAGACGGAGAAGAUGGGAAUGGCAUUGUUGACGACGAUUUUGAUGAAAAAUCCCCCGAAGUUCCAGCCUCCUUCGAAGACAUGAUCGAAACAUUCAAGCGACUUUUGAGCAAUAACACUCUCAUGUGCAAUAAUCUUGCGACAGUUUUCUAUUUUCUGGGGUAUAUGCCCUACUGGAUCUUCAUGCCCAAGUACAUCGAGACCCAGUACAAGCAGUCCGCGAGUGUGUCAUCGCUGAUCACUGGGACAGUCGGUUUGGUAUUCAGCGCUUUUGGGAUUUUGCUGUCCGGUUUGGUGAUCACCAAGUAUAAACCUAGAGCAAGGUAUUUAGCUGCCUGGAAUAUCAUUGUCGGCGCGGUCUCUGUCAUGGGAAUGAUCUCGUAUGCUUUCCUCGGCUGCUCGGCUAACGACAAUCAGGUGAUGAGUAUCCAGGACACCAGUGGAGAGUUAAAGACCCAGUUUCCUUGCAAUGAAAAUUGUAAUUGUGAUUAUGUCACCUACAACCCAGUGUGUUCGGAUGAAGGCCAAAUUUUUAUUUCUGCAUGUCAUGCUGGAUGUCGAAAUAUUGUGAUAGAUUCAAAUGGAACGAAAGUGUACACGGAUUGCAGUUGCGUAAGAACGAGGUACUCGCGUGCAUCAUUCAACAAAUCGGAAAUGAGCUUAUCGACUGGAUUUAAAUCUUCUACGACCCCUGAAAUGGGAACAGCGGUACCGGGGCCUUGUCCGGUAGACUGCAUGCACAAGUUCUACCUAUUUUUGGCGGUGGUCUGCCUCCUAAAAUUCAGCGGUGCCACAGGACGAGCCUCAAAUUUCCUGGUUUCCGUGAGAUGUGUCGCUGAACGGGAUAAAGCCGUGGCGAUGGGUUUCGGAUUGACGAUAAUGAGUCUGUUCGCAUUUAUUCCCUCGCCCAUACUCUUCGGGUUUAUUCUUGACAAGACUUGCCUCGUUUGGGGUAAAACCUGCUCCGGCACUGGCAAUUGCUGGUUAUAUAACGGUGAAGCUCUUAGGUAUUUACUCAACUUUACUGCUGCAACUUUCGUAACAAUAGGUACAUUUUUUGAUAUUGGAGUGUGGUAUUUCGUAAAAGACGUCAAAAUUUUCGACGAUGAUAUCGAGCUGAACGACGUUAAAGAUGAGCCACUACCAGAAUCAUUGUAACAUAUAUUUAUCAUUAUAAAUAAUGCACUUAGCUUAUAUAAGCAAACAAAAAACCAAUCAAAAAACAAUUUUUAGUAUUUUUUUUGUUUAGAAAAAUUUGAGUUUGUAUUAUGUGAUUUUGUUCGUACCUUAAACACCUGUUGUUUGUUUUUACCAUUACCAUUAUGUGAAAUUAAUAUACUCAGUUAGUAUUCUA